AUGGGAAGACAACCAUGUUGUGAUAAGGUUGGUUUGAAGAGAGGACCAUGGACUAUUGAGGAAGAUCAUAAGCUUGUGAGUUUUAUUCUGAAUAAUGGGAUUCAUUGUUGGAGAGUGGUUCCUAAACUUGCAGGUCUUUUAAGAUGUGGAAAAAGUUGUAGAUUGAGAUGGAUCAAUUAUCUUAGGCCAGACCUUAAGAGAGGUGGAUUUACUGAAAUGGAAGAGGAUCAAAUUAUUCAACUACAUGCACGUCUUGGUAACAGGUGGUCAAAAAUUGCUUCACAUUUUCCUGGGAGAACAGACAAUGAAAUUAAGAACCAUUGGAACACGAGAAUCAAGAAAAAAUUAAAGUUCCUUGGUUUGGAUGCUGUGAACCUCAAACCAAUUGAGCAAAAGCAAGAAACUGAUAGUGAUGAUGAUGACAAAGACAAAUUUAAGCUACAAGUAAAUGUUUCAGAAAGGAUUGAAGAAAAUGCAGAGAAUGUUAAAUCCUCGGAUAGUGAAAAAGAAUUGAAAAGAGAAGAAAAUAACGUGGUUCGGGAUGAUAGUGAUGAACUUCUAAACAACUUUGAAAUGCUAUGUUCAAAUUUGGACUUGGGGACAUGGAUAAACCAAGACACCAACAUUAGUACUACUACUAAUUCUGUUUCUAGUUCUUCUGUCUCUUUGGAUGAUACUAGCCACAUUUCUAUUGAUGAAUGCUCUUACUUUCAACAAAAUUCAUUACACCAAUGGGUUGAUAAUAUGGAUUCAAUUCUGUCAUGGGAGGCCUUCAAUCCCCUUGAUAUUUCUUUUUUCGGAAAAUAG